AUGGAGGAGUUAGCACGCUUGGGAGAUGGCGCGCUGCUGGCGAUAGGCGGCGCAGAUGACGCGCAGCCGAUGGACGUCGAUGAAGAAGUAAACGAUUACGACGAUGAUUUGAUAGAGGAAGAAAUGUUGGUGCUGUGCAUGCUGAUGAACAUCCUGCUGAUGGUGUCCCUGAGCCAAUUGGACGGAAGAUCAAUUCGAGGGCCUAUUCAGGAGCACGUUGUCAUUCAAACAGACUUUUUUCCCAAGCUGAAAGCGCGGCGUUCUCCUACCGCCUACAAGAAGACGUUGCGGUGCCUACCAGAUUUCUUUGAUGGGCUAGUUCGACUACUGGGGCCAUUAUACUAUCGCAAAUAUGGUCUCCCAGGGCAAAACACACAGUAUCAUUUCGAUUUCGGGCUUGCAGCACUAUUGGCAUACUACGGGAAUAGCUGUGGUAUUGACGGGGAUGGAAUUGGUGGAGCUGCAGCACAGUUAGGGAUGUCAAGGACCGUUGCCGGCGUCUAUAUCAAACGGCUAGAGGAUGUUCUCUAUGAAAUGAUGCCAGACGUCGCCAUGCGUCCGCGUUUGGGGGCAAGUUACCGCUCUCCAACCAUGGCAUUGUCUCCGGCAUGGCCAUCUUUGGCUGGACUGCGUCACCAGGUUUUUUCGCCGUUUUCGGGAAGGCGGUUCGACAUUAUCAAUGCACAGGGUCAUCCAUCGUGCUGGGUUAUAGUACCGUUCUGGAUCUUCCAGUGGGUUGACGAUAUUCUUCUCGUUGAGGCCGACAUUGGGGACCGCCUUCAGAAGGCCGAGAAGCGUCUCAGAGACGGUGUGAAACUCGUGUUUGGAUCUGAUGGCAGGCAUGAGGGCAAGUUCACAACGUGGUCGCGUGUCUUUCAUGCCGUAGGCACUGACUGGAACAUUCCCGGUGAAUCAAUCUCGGUGCCUCAAAGGAAGAUCGAGAAAAUGCACAGGGUGGUCUCGAAGACGAAGGCGAAGAAAUUCUUGUCACGGGAACAACUAGAUUGUGUGGUGGGGGUGCUGGGGCAUAUUAUCAGCUUCAUCCCGGUCACAAAGCCGUUUAUACAAAGGUUGGUGGCUGUUCAGACACGCUGUCGCAGCAGUCACAAAUCGGGCGUGGCGAUGUCAGACUUCCUUCAGAAGGAUCUGGAGUGGUGGGAAGACCUGGUCCUCCAAAACAACUUGAGUAGCAUUCCCAUGCGGCUGUUCGAUCACAACAAAUCCAUCAACGACAUAUGGCUGGUAGAACUGGAGCCUCAACACGUCAUAAUCUCCAACAUGAAUCUGGGAUUUGAAGCGAAGGCACAACAACUCAAACAGGCUGCAGUCGCAGACGGCACCCUCGGACGAUACCGCAAGAAUUUCAAGUUCUGGGAGUCAUUCUGCAAAGAGUUCGGACUGCCGGUAUGGAUCGACAAGCUGCACAGGGCAGAACAAGCAAGAAUUGUCGGGCUAUUCGCCGGUCUGUGUGCUUCAGAAGGUUACAACCGAUCCAAGGUGGGAAACAAAUUUCAGACCUUCGACGGUAAAAUGGCAGCAGUGGCAUUCGCCCACAAGGCAGUUCGGAACGCCAAGCUUGAUUACCAUGAUCCAGAAUUUGAGGUCAUCGCUCAAGGAUACAAACGCUCGAACAGUCAGGUGGACCUGAAACAGCCAGUUAUUGCACAGAUGCUGCUCAAAAUGCGCGAAGUGCUAGGUACACCGGACGAACGAGGCGAACUUAUGUGUGGAUCCAUCAUCUUGCCCUUCUUCUUCCUGGAUAGAAGCUCAGAGCUUUGGGGGUCAGUGACGAUCGACAGAUCGACGGGACAGGAGAGGGUUCACUGCAUCAAGGUUAGCAACGUGAAGUUACUGGACAAGCAUGGUGACCCGGUAGACCCUGAGGCCACCAACGCUACGUCGGUGGAAAUACGGUUCGAAUCGCACAAGGGAGACCGAGUCGGACAAGGCUCGACUAUCAGCAUUAUCGAUCCAAGGACCCAACGUUAUGCCCAGGGCAGCAGCCCAGGGCUGUCUACGUGCGAGACGACCAAGAAACUACGCGUCAGCCAGCUAAUCAAGGGCACAGCCCCGGGCUUGGGUCUUAAUCCAAAAGACUAUUCAUCACACUCGCUUCGUAUUGGAGGCGCCUGUGCCUUACUGGCAGCAGGCAAGAGCGACCUCGUGAUUCGACUGAUGGGACGAUGGUCGAGUAGGUGCUUCACCGUGUACACUAGGCUCAAGCCGGGCAUGAUUCGAGACGUGGCAAGCAGUAUGAUCAAGGCUUCGACCUGGGAGUUCCAUGAACCAAACUCCAUACAACUUGAGGGGGAUUCCAGCGAGCCUACAUCAUUGAGCUAA